AUGGGUGAAUAUCCAGACAACGCCACUGACACGUUAUCCAGGGCGGAGCGCCUUGUGUCCAACAUCAACGCCAAAUUUGCCGCAUUUCUACAGCAGUUGAAACCAAACGAGCAUCGCAUCAAUGGAUAUGGGGAGACGCUUGUAGAUGGACGCACAUCGGCAUCUGGGUUUGUGAGAAAUACCGAAAUCAUUGAAUUGUACGGUCGAGAAGAAAGUACAAGUUCCACUCUCUUUGAAGAUGCGUCCAACCCACAUUAUGUGCAUCGCCGGAAGCGCUCAUCCUCACUCUAUUCGACAUGUGGUCGAAGCAACCAAAGUGCCGAGCGGAAUUUGUUUUUUGCUGCCAACGACUUGUGUAUGUUUCUCAACGGUGGUGUGGACUACCGCAGUAUUUGUUUGAAGUACCAGGAAACACUGGAGGUAUUACUCGGCCUUAUUCGCGAUGACAUUGGCAUGCUGCACUCAGUUAGUAUCUUCACCCCUGAUAUGGUAUCGGAUGCGGUGAAAACGCUUCGGAACCUCUACACGGAGGCAAAAAUACUGCUUGAGCAACACGGUCUUGUCUCGGGUGCGCACUCACCGGAGAGACGUGCAAGUACUUCACCUGGACGCUCACCCGACCACACGGCUACUCAAGUUGAUCGCAUCGGUUCCCAAGUUAUGGGACAGAACAAUAAUGGUUUAGAUAGUGGAAACGGUAGUGCACAGUCACGCAGCGGUGCUGAGGCACAUGCUCACGCAAUGUAUGCGAAUGGCGGCGGACACUCACCUCGGCCGGCUGCGCUUGUCGAGGGAAUACUGAGUACGAGUAGCAACAAGCACCGUAUUCCUUCCAGGCAUACAGACACGGAGAGGUAUUCCCCGUUGCAUUUUUGCAGUAGCAAGUUGAAACCACAAACCACAAAAGUGACACCUACUGAGGGUCCCGCGGCUCCCGAUGAGGUGGACAUAACCCAAGGUAUUCAUGGCUCCUCCACAAAAGAGCCUAAGAUUUCAAAUGAGGAGGCGUUUGGUCCCCAUCCCAGGGAAUGUAGGAAUAACGCCCGUCGACUUGCGGUCCAGGAAGUGUAUGAAAAAAUUUUCCAUAAUGACGGCACUGAUAUGCUUCGCGAUGUAAUGUGCCUCAUAGCGGAGAAGGAGUACGGAUUUACUGCUCCCGAGUUGAAGAAGUACGAUGUUUGCUCCCAACUUGCAAGUCGCUUGCUCCACUGCUACGCAACCGCAUCACAGCAACGCGACCAGGUACCAAAUUCAGUUACAAGUGGCCCUACACUGCCUUUUGAUUACAUAGAGAAUUGUUUCCACUGUAACGUUGAACCGAACGAUCAAGUCUUAAACACGCUGAGUUGCAUCGCAGUGGGGAAGCGAACCUUAAAGAUCGUGCUGGCCAACAUGCACAUAACCGACGAUGAUUUGCGACCCCUCGUGCCAUUGCUAUCGAAAUUUGACCAAAUGAUCACCCUCGACAUCAGUAAUAACAGAUUCGGUGACAAUGGCGCACAGCUUCUUUGCAAAUCGAUGUUGGCCCACCCAGCGCUGAAGGAGCUCAAUAUUAGUGGAAAUUUUGUAACAGAUGCCAGUGCUGAUGCACUUCUGCAGCUUGCGGCGUCAGCAACGCAAUUGAUGGUGGUGAGGAAGCAAGGCACCAAUCUCAGUCCUGGUGUUUGUGAGGAACUCGAGAGGGCGCUCAGACGAGGACAAGGCUGUAGAAGCGCUCAGCGGUCCCUAGGAAGCGCAUCGCACGUUUCCAGGCGCGCCCAAUCCGAAGCAGAUGCGUACAACUCUCCUUCUGCAUUUUCUGGUGUUAGAUCAACAAACCCACCUCCCGUUGUAGCUCUCAACAGUGUGGGUUAUAAGUGGCAGCGACCCGCUGUUACGAGUAACUCAAAUAGCCCCACGCCAAUUUCCCUAAGUCCUUCCCCUCUCAACUACGUUUUGCAUGAGUGGGAUAGGUUGGGUGCAUGCAUGGGUUCGUUGGAUACAAACUGCGCACGGACACAACAGGGUGUGCGACUGCCUUGUAUCAUAGCGAAGGGGAAAAAAGAGGGAAUGUAA